CGGCUCGGCGACAGGGAAGGCCCGUGGGGGUGCGGGGGUCCCGUACCCGCCGACCGACCGUCGGACGAUGGUGUGAGGGGGGCGGCGGCGGGGGCCGGCUGGACAGAGAAGCAGUGCGAGCGCUCGGCGGGUGAGGUGCGAGGUCGGGCCUGCAGCGCGGCCCCGGCGCAGCCGCCGUUGAUGCUGCGGCCGGCGGCGCCCUGCGACAGCCCGCCGGACGAGGAGCGGCGCGCCGAUGUCAGUGGCCGCGGACACCCUAAGAAGAGAGUGCGGAUAGCCGAGCCCGACCAGGCGGCUCCCCGCGGCUCGUCGCCGGCCAAGGCGGCCUCGACGCAGCAGCUCAGCCUCGCCGAAGCGGGCCAGGGCAGGAAGCGAGUGCGGCCGGCCCAGGCCGAGGGGGACAUGGCGGACGACGGGCAGCGUAAGGCCAACUUCUCGGCGCUGCUCGGGCACACCAACGGGCUGAGCCGCGCCGCCGGACCCGGUGGCAAACCGGCCGCCUCCAGGAAGCUGCUCAUCAAGAACUUCAAAGAUAAACCAAAAUUGCCUGACAACUACACUCAGGACACAUGGCAGAAGCUCCAUGAAGCAGUUGGGACCAUUCAGAACAGCACAUCAAUAAAAUAUAAUUUGGAAGAACUUUAUCAGGCUGUUGAGAAUCUGUGUUCUUAUAAGGUAUCGGCAACAUUAUAUAAACAACUGCGACAGGUGUGUGAAGACCAUGUUAAGGCACAGAUUCAACAAUUCCGAGAGGAUUCACUGGACAGCGAUCUGUUUUUGAAGAAGAUUAACAAAUGUUGGCAGGAUCAUUGUCGGCAAAUGAUAAUGAUCAGGAGCAUUUUCCUGUUUCUUGACCGAACCUAUGUCCUUCAGAGUUCAAUGCUUCCAUCUAUCUGGGAUAUAGGCUUGGAGCUUUUCCGAACCCACAUCAUCAAUGACAAAACUGUGCAGAGCAAAACCAUUGAUGGAAUCCUUCUGUUGAUUGAAAAAGAGCGAAAUGGAGAGGCUGUGGACAGAAGUCUGAUACGAAGUUUGCUGAGUAUGCUGUCGGAUUUACAGGUUUACCAGGAAUCAUUCGAACAAAGGUUUUUGGAGGAGACCAACUGUUUAUAUGCAGCAGAAGGACAAAGAUUAAUGCAAGAGAGGGAGGUCCCAGAAUAUCUUCACCAUGUAAACAAACGCCUAGAAGAAGAAACAGACCGAGUAAUUACAUACCUGGAUCAAAGCACGCAAAAGUGGUUGGUUGCCAGUGUUGAGAAGCAACUCCUUGGUGAACAUCUGACAGCUAUUCUUCAAAAAGGUCUCAAUCAUCUGCUUGAUGAAAACAGAGUAGCUGAUCUCACUUUACUUUAUCAGCUGUUCAGCAGGGUUAAAGGUGGACUGCAGGUCCUUUUGCAGCACUGGAAUGAAUAUAUCAAGACCUUUGGCACUACAAUUGUGGUUAAUCCUGAAAAAGACAAGACGAUGGUUGAGGAGCUGCUGGACUUCAAAGAUAAAGUAGAUCAUGUCAUUGAAGUGUGCUUUCUAAAAAAUGAAAAGUUUGUCAAUACAAUGAAAGAAGCAUUUGAGACUUUUAUCAACAAAAGGCCAAACAAGCCUGCUGAGUUGAUAGCCAAGUAUGUUGAUUCCAAAUUACGAGCUGGUAACAAAGAAGCAACAGAUGAAGAACUGGAGAGAAUGCUGGACAAAAUCAUGAUCAUAUUUAGGUUCAUUCAUGGAAAAGAUGUAUUUGAGGCUUUCUAUAAGAAGGAUUUGGCAAAACGGCUGCUGGUGGGAAAAAGUGCUUCCGUGGAUGCUGAGAAAUCAAUGCUGUCUAAACUGAAGCAUGAAUGUGGUGCUGCGUUCACUAGCAAGCUAGAAGGAAUGUUUAAAGACAUGGAACUUUCAAAAGAUAUUAUGAUCCAGUUUAAGCAGUAUAUCCAAAAUCAGAAUGACCCAAGUAGGAUAGACCUUACAGUCAACAUACUGACAAUGGGAUAUUGGCCAACAUACACACCCAUGGAAAUCCACCUGCCUGCUGAGAUGGUGAAAUUACAAGAGGUAUUUAAGACGUUCUACCUCGGAAAACACAGUGGCAGAAAACUACAGUGGCAGGCAACGUUAGGACACUCAGUUUUGAAAGCAGAUUUCAAAGAGGGUAAAAAGGAACUGCAGGUUUCACUCUUCCAGACCUUGGUGUUACUCAUGUUCAAUGAGGGCAAUGAGUUCAGUAUGGAGGAAAUCAAGGCUGCAACUGGCAUAGAGGACAGUGAAUUAAGGAGAACGUUGCAGUCUUUAGCUUGCGGCAAGGCUCGUGUGUUGAACAAAGUUCCCAAGGGAAAAGAUGUGGAAGAUGGAGACAAAUUAAUGUUUAAUGAUGACUUCAAGCACAAGCUGUUUAGAAUAAAGAUUAACCAAAUCCAGAUGAAGGAAACUGUUGAGGAGCAGACAAGUACGACUGAGCGAGUAUUCCAGGACAGACAGUACCAAAUCGAUGCUGCUAUAGUCCGAAUCAUGAAAAUGAGGAAGACACUCAGCCAUAACCUCCUUGUUUCAGAACUCUAUAACCAGUUAAAAUUUCCAGUGAAGCCUGGAGAUCUGAAGAAAAGAAUUGAGUCUCUAAUUGAUCGGGAUUACAUGGAGAGGGACAGAGACAUUGCCAACCAGUAUCAUUAUGUGGCAUAAUGUGCAGAGCAAGUCUUGAUGCUGACUUUCAACUCAGUAAAACAUUAAGAGCACUGAUUCUGUCUGCACCCAUUUUGGAUUCUGUUUGGUUCUGCACAAUCCAACCAAAGGCUCUUGUGAAGCAAAAGAAGGCGUCGCUUUCAGGAGUGGCACCCUUGGGCACCCCUUUUCCACACAGCUUCCAGCCUUUGUUUCCUGAGGAUCAUUUCUCCAGAAAGUGUGAAAAGGGUGCAGAAAUAAAUGCACUUCCCUUCAAGUGACUGAAGACUGAUUGUAUUUCAUGUCUAGGUUCAUCUGAUUUCUUGUGAAACUCGUGCCCUUUGGGUUUAGACUUUAAAAACAAAUCAUUGUCUGCACGUCACUCCCCUCAUUAUAUAACCAACAGCCUGGAAUCUUUUGAGAGAGCUCUAUUAAUAUAUAAACAUGUAAGAUACCCUGAGUACAAAAUGUUUCACACUGUAUACUGACCUUUGGCUUUACUGCAGCAGUGAAUUAAAUGAUAUUUUUGAUCUGUGAAACUAGCAUUUUUAUUUUUGAAAUGAGCUAAGCAACCAAUAAAGCAAUCAACUUUAAGCAAUAGUGAGGUCCGUUAUACUUCUGGUCACCAAUGCAUGCAGCAGGGUAACAUUUAGGUUUUUAUUUUGCAUGUAUCUGGUGUGAAUGGAGAACUGUUACUUCAAAAUAGAGAUAACUUUCUGGAAAACCUUUAAAAGUGCCAAAGACUAGAAUUUCAAACACAUAUUCCACUAAAAUCCUAUACUUGUUGCUAGAACAGCCAAUACAGGCCCAGUACUUCUAGUCCCAAGCUUGACAUUUGUUUUAGGUGGAGUAACACUUUCACCUCCUUCCACCUGAUAAGAUUGCUUUUUCAGAGUAGUUUCUCUUUUUAGAUGACGCUACCUGUUCAAUGAGUUCCUUGUCUCAUUGAUAGUGCCCUACAAUCUUAAAAUUUUGCCGAAGUGUACAUAUGCUUUGUACAAAAUAUGUGUUCCUUUGUAUUCUUCACUGUAAAUUGUUCAGAAAGCUAACUAGUCUGGUAGAGAUGGGCUGCUGAAUCUUUGAGUUUGUGCUAACUUGUUUCAUAUUGUAAAUAUGUUACCUCUGUUCAAAAAAAAGUCAUCCUGAAAUUAUUAGGACCUUUUGUCUUGUGAUAACAAUAUAAAAUGAUUUUCUGCUCCAGGCUGUGUCUUUAUUGAGUUAACUUUUUCCACAUCAUCAA